AUGUGUGCAUUAGUACCUCCAUUGUUCCCAAACUUUGGCUGGCCGUCGACGGGAGAGUACGAGAGCUACUACCUCGCCGGAGAGAACCUUAACAACAACACGUUUCUUGAUUUUCCGGUACUGGAGACUUAUGGAGUGGCUCAUCAUCAAGACCUCUUGGGAGUAUCUGUUUCGUCUGAGGGAAAUGAGAUAGACAACAAUCCGGUCGUGAUCAAGAAACUUAAUCACAAUGCAAGUGAGCGUGACCGUCGCAAGAAGAUCAACUCUUUGUUCUCAUCUCUCCGUUCAUGUCUUCCAGCUUCGGAUCAAUUGAAGAAGCUAAGUAUUCCUCAGACGGUUUCGAGGAGCUUGAAGUACAUACCAGAGCUGCAAGAGCAAGUGAAGAAACUAAUACAAAAGAAGCAAGAACUCUUGGUGCUAGUAUCGGGUCAAAGAGACAUUGAACAUUGCAAUAAGCCUCAACCAAAGGCAGUCGUAAGUUAUCUCUCGACGGUUUCCGCGACUAGGCUUGGAGACAACGAAGUGAUGGUCCAAAUCUCAUCGUCCAAGAUCCAUAACUUUUCGAUAUCUAAUGUGUUGAGUGGAUUAGAAGAAGAUGGGUUUGUUCUUGUGGAUGUUUCAUCUUCAAGGUCUCAAGGAGAGAGGCUCUUCUACACUUUGCAUCUUCAAGUGGAGAAGAUGGAUGAUUAUUACAAAGUGAAUUGCGAUGAGUUAAGUGAAAGAAUGUUGUACUUGUAUGAGAAAUGUGAAAACUCGUUUAAUUAG